AUGAUUAUGGACAAGAAUGUAUAUUGCCUAGACGGCGAAAAUCUCACUUUUGUUUUGAGAGAGGGAGAGAGCGAAAUAAGAAUAAAGCGGGAGCUUGUCACUGGUUUGUGCGGAGUUGUGCCAUUCUGUCAAAAGCCAACGACCGUCACUAUGAGCGGGUUUCGAUGGAAUCUCAAUGAGACACCACUUGCUUUUGGAGGUAUAAUAAGCACGUCUAAUUUCAUGGAGGAUGAGGUACUCAGAGUGAAAACGUCAGCACCACUGAUAUUUACAAUGGAGCUAGCAUCUAGCUCAUUAUCAUGAGGAUGACUUGAUGUCGAUUUGUCAAUGCCCGUGACAUGUUGUUCGAAUUUUCCUAGUUAGUUUUUUACUUGCAUGCAUAUCUUUGUAAUCUCA